AGGACACCAUGUCUAGCGGCAAUGUGGAACUCCUGGGCGACAAUGUGGAAAUCCUCGAUUACGAACCCGAGGGCGAGGCUCCCACCGCAGAGCAGCUUCCAGCGGCCGGUGCAGGAGACGAGAGCCCCCCCAUGCCCACUGUGUUCACCGUCGAUAAUUUGCUGGACAACAUCGCCACAGCAGAUCCGGCGGAACUGGAGCGGGCCUACAACACCGGACGUGUCUCUCUGGAGGAUAUUGUAGAAGCGGCCCAUCUGUCGUCCGAUUCCCCCCUUUUCGUUCCUCUUCUCUCGCUCCCGCAGGACGACAAAUUAAUCCUCGUGCCCCACGACGAGUUUAUGACGUACCAAAGGUUGAACGAGACGUGGUGCGACGGUCUUGCCGGGAAGAUAGCAGAGGCGGAGGCGCGAGAGCAGGCGAAGCGCGAGGACGCGGAGCGCUUGGCGGAACGUGAGGCUGCUCUGGCUGCUGCGGCGAGGAAGCAGGAGGAGGAGCGUGAGGCUGUUCGGGCUUCUGCGGCGAGGAAGCGGGAGGAGGAGCGUGCGGCUGUUCUGGCGGAGCGUGAGGCGUAUCUCCAAGCGGCUAGGGCGAAGCAGGGGGCGCUGCGAUCGCGGCUGAAGGAGCUGGAGCCCCGCCACCAGGACCCGCGAGAAGCCCCCCACCCCCGUCGCCGUGUUAUCGUCCCCCCCCCCACGCAAUCUCAGGUUCCCCUUGGUUCCCAUUGUACCGCCUCGCCGCACGAGAAGGAGCGGGAGGUGGCGGCUUUUCCGACGAACGAGACGGAGCGGGAGAGGACAGCGACUCCGGAGUUUUCGGCGAGGUUGGGUCUUCCGGCCGGUGCUGAAGACGGAGCAUCUUUUGCGUCGGAAACCACGGUGUACGAGUUCCACGUUGGAGAUACAGCGUUCCUGUCCCGCCCGCUGGAGAUGCCUGCAGAAGAUGUCACCUUCCACGAUGAGGACAAAUUAGCAGCUCUUUUUCCAUGGGCUGGCAUCAAACAACUUGUCCGUGCACAAUUCCCCCCACCGCACACCGUUCCUUUUUCGGGCACAUCUAUUCACCCCGUACAUUCCGCCUUCUUCGCGGCAGUCCGUGUUCCAGCUUUUGUUCGCUCUCCGUCGUGCCACUUUUCAUGAAGGUCCUUAAGGAACGUCGGUGGUAAUCCAAGAUGGAGGACUCCAGCUGCCUCUUGCUCGUGCUGCUUCGACCAACGACUUCAAGCACGAUCUCCAAGCCCCUCGGCAGGCCUCUUCACGCCCUGCGCAUGGUUCUGGAGAGGACAAGGACUACAGUUGGUCGGCGGCUCCUGUGUCCAAGAGCUGGAAGAACCGU